CGGGAUGGGCAACCAGAUCUAUCACAAGGAAUGAAAUGUGUCGUGAUGAACCCCAGCCAUAGUCCUUUCAUCUACGACAUGUCCGCAUGCAACGCUAGCCAGGCUCUGCUGUGUGAUGGUGAAGAAACACUGGACUUGCCCAAAGUUUGGCCAUCCAUGGUGAGGUACACAAAACGGAAUUCCACCGAACUGGGAUUCUGUGAAUCAAACCGAGAUGGCUACCAAGAAUGUGUCUUUGAGAGGCGUGGGGUCAGUGGGCAGAUAUUCUAUUAUAAAAACGUUGACGCUGUGGAGGACUGUGCUCUGACCUGCAAGUACGACGAGCGCUGCUUAUACUUUAGCUUUCUGUACUUCGCGAAGAAUCAGGGUACCUGUAUCAUCCACAAACAAAUUCCUGGCUAAAUGUCAUCUUUAUGUACGCGUUUUAUUACUCGUCUCUCAACACAAAACUCUAAAUGGGGACAAGGCUCGGGUCAGUUGACAGUGCCAGCAUGUUUGAUUCAAGUCUUGAAAACCUAUAUUGGUUGCUCGUAAACUUAAAUGUCACAAUGUAUAUCAGUUUAGUGGUUACUCUAUUUACACAGAAUCAAUGUCCCAGUUUGACACAUGGUUACAGUGUUCAGACCCAUACUUGGACUGGGCACCAAACCGCGGAGCCUAGCCUCCCUUUAAACGUUCUUUACAGUUUAUGUUAUUAAUCAUAAUGCAAGCAACCCACCAUAACUACAUAUAGUCUUCAUUAUUCUCUCUGAGUUUCAAGAUUCAAGAUUCUUUAUUCAGUAUUUUGGGCCAUGUGGCCUAGAGUACAAUUACAAUUACAAUAAUUGCUGCGUCACGUGAUGUCAGGAAAAUAAAUACAAGUAGUCUUAUUUCACAUUAAAUACAUGAUUUAAGUAUAAGGCCAAAGCCUUUACAAUGUUGAUAUUUUUGGAGUUGAGUAGAUUACAUAAACUGUGAUUAUCAUGAUGGACAUUGGAUAACCAAGGCAAAUAGUGGUUUCUGACAGAAGAAUAUUUUGAACAUAUAAACAAAACAUGAAAUUCAUCCUCUAAUUGCCUCCCUUUACAGUGGGUACAUAGAUAUAGACUCAAGUCUUCAUUUGUAUGUUUUGACUUCCGUAGCAUGUUAAUCUUAAAACCGUGUGGCGAUAUUCUGAAUUUACAAUAUGCUCUCCUGAGAGAUUUAAUCGUGAGAUUAUUGAUGUAAAAUUCUGGCUGUAAAAGUGAUUUCAAAUUUGCAUAAUGUGACAUAUUUUGAUGAAGAAAUAGAGUCAUGCCACUCUUGAGAAUACAUAUCACUCAGCCUUUGUUUUAUUUUUAGCAAAAAGAGAUUUUCAUCGCCAAUAUGUUGAGAGAUCCAUACAAAUGAAAAGCCUGAAGAAAACAAAAUAUACCUUACAUCAGACACCCAGGUGUGUUUAUUAUUAUCAUCUAA